AUGGCUUCUACACUUACACCUGAGAUGGAGAAGGUACGCAAGGCGUCAAUGUCGGUUUUGAAGAACGCCUACUGUGGUUACAGUAAAUUUUCUGUGGGUGCAGCGUUGCUAGAUCUCGAGGGUCGGCUUUUUACAGGUGUGAAUGUGGAGAACGCCUCCUUUCCCUGUGGUUGGUGUGCUGAAGUCAGCGCUUUUGGGGCAGCUAUCACAGCUGGAGUGAAAGAUUUCGCUGCGUUGGCAGUUGCAGUUGCUGGAGAUAAGUUUACACCGCCCUGUGGUCGGUGUAGGCAGGUUAUUAGUGAGUUUUGCUACGGGAAGAAUAUGCCCAUAGUAUUGGUGAACGGAAAGGGAGAGUAUCACCUCACAAAGAUUGAGGAAUUGCUACCACUGGCUUUCCUCUCGAAGAAUAUGGAUUCGAAGUAA